AUGGCGACUUCACUCACCCUCCAGUCCAAGAAGAAGCUCAACAGCGGCUAUGACAUUCCAGUCCUGGGAUACGGCAAUUUCACCAAAGCCAACUCUCACUGCAGCCCCCCCGAACAAGCCGAGGAGGUCACCACCGAGGCCAUCAAGGUCGGCUACCGUCAUAUCGACUCAGCAGCCUCGUACAAGAAUGAAGCCGGUGCCGGUGGCGCCAUCCGCAAGGCCAAGGAUGUCUCCCGCUCCGAUAUCUUCUUCACCUCCAAGGUUCGCUAUAUCCACUACGAUGGCGCCAAGGACCAGGUCGAUACGACUCUCAAGGAGACGGGCCUCGAGUACAUCGAUCUAAUGCUCCUGCACUGCCCGUAUGGUGGAUCUGAGGGCCGGAAGGGCGCCUGGAAGGCUCUCGUCGAGGCGCAGGAGGCCGGCAAGGUCCGCUCCAUCGGCGUUAGCAACUACGGAGUGCACCAUCUCGACGAGCUCGAGACGCACAUCAAAGAGCUCGAAGAGGAGCGUGGCGGACCGGGCAAGGGUGGCGCCAUCAAUGUCGCGCAGUACGAGAUUCACCCCUGGUGCGCGAGGAACGACAUCGUUCAGUGGCUGCAGAAGCGCAACGUCGCCAUCGAGGCAUACAGCCCGCUGGUCAGGGGCGAGAGGUGGGGUGAGAAGAGCCUCAAGGCGCUGGCCGAGAAGCACUCAAAGUCCGAGGCCCAAAUCCUAUUGCGAUGGAGCUUGCAGAAGGGGUACAUCCCUCUGCCCAAGAGUGUCACCCCCGCUCGUAUCCUUGAUAACACAAAGAUUUACGACUUCGAGCUGUCCAAUGAGGACUUGAAGUCUCUGGAGACCGAUGAGUAUGCUCCAGUCUGCUGGGAUCCGACUGUCAGUCCUUUGGACGGACCUCGGAGCGGCUGA